GAUUGUGAGAGGAAGUGGACAAGGUGAACUGAACAUUUCCCUUUUAGCAGAGUCCCAGCUUCUGACAUCAUUCCCACUCUCCUCCUCCCUCAUCUACCUAUCACCACCCUCACCUGGAUCCAUCUAUCACCUGCCAGAUUUUGCUGCACCCGUUCCCUCCACCUAUUUAUUCUGGCUAUCUCCCAUCUUUCAAUCCAGAUGAAGAGCCUCAACCCGAAAUGUCGACUGUCCAUUUCCGUCUAUCGAUGCUGCCUGAGGAGCGGAGUUCCUCCCGCGCCUUGUGCGUUGGUCGAGAUUCCAGCAUCCGCAGUCUCUUGUGUCUUCUCUCUAGCAAUAACUGGGGACUGGAAUUAUGUUAACUGAUGAACGCAGAGGAUAGUUAGGGGAAUCUUGGAGGGGGUGGUGCCUGGAAUUCACUGCCCAAUAAAUAGUUCCGUCGAUGCAGAACCCACCUCCCACCACAAGCGCUGUGGCGGAGACCAGUCCGCACAGCAGCUCCGCCAGCGUGCGGGGGUGUCGGUCAAGACGUGGAUGACGUCACGGAGCCCGGGGCCGUGCGUGCGGCUGAUUUGGCGGGCGGCACGCGGCGCGGUCGGUUGGGCGAAGGCGUCGCGAGGAUGUCCCUGAGCGCGUGGGCGUGGCGGGGCCUGGCGGCCGCGGCUACCACACUGCUGGCAGCCGAGGGGCUUUACUACCUGCUUCGUUACGUGAGGUGGCUUCGUGAGCAGCAGCCCAAGGUGCUGUUCUUCCCGGCGCCGGUGACCUGCGUGCGGCCGCUUCUGCUGGCGAGUCCCGGGCGCUGUGACUGCAGCCUGCCUCACCGGGAGAGCUCGCUGAGCAGCCUGGCCCGUCUGCUGCUCGCCGCUCGCCGUUCGCUGGACGUCUGCGUGUUCUCCAUCUCCAGCGCCGAUCUGGGCGGCUCGGUGCUCGCCGUGCACGGUCGCGGGGUGCGCGUCCGCGUUAUCACCGACUCCGACUACAUGGCGCUGGCCGGCUCGCAGGUGGGCACCUUCCGGAAGGCGGGUAUAGAAGUCCGACAUGAUCAGGAUACAAACUACAUGCACCACAAAUUCGCACUGAUUGAUGGAUCUAUUCUUAUAACUGGAUCUUUGAACUGGAGUGCCCAGGCUAUUUUUAGAAAUAAAGAAAAUGUAAUAAUAAUUAAAAACAUCGAUAUUGUGAAAGCAUUUACAGGAGAAUUUGAACGACUUUGGAAUGAGUAUGAUCCAACAAAGUACAGCUUUCUGCACAAAGGUAAACGGAAACCACCAAUUUAAUCCUGCAUGGAUUCUACUCAUUGGCAGUACAUGGGGACUUUUGGAUAAAGAACUUGUUUUUCCUUGAAACUGUAUAUUUUUAUAAAACAUUUAUGAUUAAAAAGACAAAUGACUACAAUGGAUAUCUAUAGAAGUAUAUUUCUUAUUGAUAUUGAAUUUUCUGCUAAAAUGCUCCAGUUCAAAAAUGGAAAGGAGAAAAAGUUAUUUUUGGCUCUAAAUUAACAACCCAUUUUUUAUAGUGUCUAUAACAAUAGGAAAUUGCACAUAGAGUAUUGGAAAGUCACCUCCAGGAAAAAAAAGUACACCCAUUCUCUGCCUAGUGUACUAAGACAGAAUCCCCCACUAGGCAGAGCAUUGAUGCAAGAAAUGAAUAGCAGCAGCUAAAACAUUGGUUAAAGUGAUAAGGUUUUUAAGGAGUGUCUUGAAUUGGGAACUACAGUCAGAUUUUAAGAAGUAUUUCUGGAGUUUAGGGCCACAACAGCUGAAGGCACACUUGC